GUUACCAAGGGUGCAACUUCCUUGUAGCUGUCAUCGUGAAGAGGGGGGUACAGUCUCUAAGGGCGCUCCCUGCGAUCGAGCUAGUCAACGGGUUCGCUCUCGGUGUAAUACGAGCGAUAGGCGAGAAGAUUUCAGCACUGGAGCUGUCCAGUCUCCUUGAAAGACUCCUCACUGCUCAAUGUGAUCUGACAGAAGCUUUUGGUAUUGACGGUUUAGAACGGUGUUCUUUGUCUAGCGGAUUAUACUGUUUUUGGGUAGGAACUCACCAGUGAAGGCGCAAAUAGUCCACUUCAUUCACAAGCGAAUCCUUGCGAUGCUGGGCAGUUGUCCCUGAGCAACAAGGAAGUUCCAAGUCUCGGACAGUGUUUUCAGAUAUCAAAGACAAUGGGAGUGCUGAUGUCCAAGAAGCAGCAGGUGCAGAAAUGCAGCGUGGUCGUCUCUGCCUUCAAAGAGGGGCUGAAGGACCGCCCGGCCCCGUCCCCCGCCGACCAGGCCGAGGGCUCCGGGGACGAGGGGGAGGGCCAGGCCUCGGCCCCCGCCCCCGUCGCCGACCAGGAGAAACAGGAGGUGGAGCAGAGAGAGACCGACGGCAAGGCGGGGCCGUCGACCUCCACGCCUGCCUCGUCCCACACCAAGGACGAGUGCAAGGUGAACCAGGAGGCCUGGUCCAGGCUGCGGGACGGAAAAGGGGUGGAGCCUGAGGAUCUGGACAAGAAAGGGCACCAGCUCACCCCGCCGGCGUUCGUUCGUCCCAAGAGAGAGGCCAAUGAUGGGCAGCCCGUGGAGGUAGACCUGGGCCAGAUGGAGCAGCCCGUGAACGACGAGAUGUGUGAGGUGUGUGAGGUGUGGACGGCGGACGUGUUGUUCCCCUGCAGGACGUGCACGCGGGUGUUCCACGACGGCUGCCUACGAGAGAUGGGGGUCCUAAAGCCAGAAGCCCUGCAGGAGAUGAGGGAGACUGCACACACAGCUCCGGGCUGGAGCUGCUACUACUGUGACAACGUGAACCUGCUGUUGACUGAAGAGGAGAUGUAUAGCCUGAUGGAAACUUUCAAGCAGUGUAAGAUCAUCCCUGAGUCCUGCCUGGUGUCUGAUGAGCUCCUGCAGUACCGGCACUUUGUGUCCAAGCAGCUGUUUGACAAGGACCUGUCUGACGAGGAGGAGGAGGAGGUCCUGGCUCAGUUUGCGGCCCUGGACCCUGACAAGAAGGGGCAGAUUGAGUGGUCCGAUUUCCUGUACCAGGAGUCUCUGGGGGUGUUGAUGAAGUUUCGUACAGAGAACUCGUUGGUGCGUCUGUUGACUGCCAAAGAGCGUGACCGUGCCCGGUCUGUGUUCCUGGGUCUGGACCAGGACAAGGACCUGGUGAUAACGGCAGGGGAAUGCCGCCGGGCACAGCAGUCCUGGUUCCACAAGCUGAGCAGAGAGUCACAGUCCUGCAACGUGAGACUCAUUGGAUUGUGUUCCCCUAUGAAUUGUGGCAUCAGUCACGUGGGCCCUAUCUCUGAGAGCAGCCCAGCCAGCUACCACAGCGACCGGAGCAGAGACAAGAUGCUGUUCAACUCUGAGAAAGAGGAAAACAGCCCUGUGGCCUGGCCAGACUUCCUGAAGGAGAGUGCCAUCUUCACCCUGGCAGCCCGGACCAACAGCCCUGCCAUGCACAUCCGCCUGCCUCUAUAGUCCCAGAGGAACAGCCCUGACCUGGAGCCCACCAGAGAGAGGGAGGAGGAGAGACGGC